AUGUCUCGCUGGGCGUCUCAUGCGAGCCGCUGGGCUCGCUGCCGCAAUGCGCACCUCUCUUCCUUCGCGCGCCAGGUAAAUCUCGGACUUCAGGGCCACCGUGGACUGGCAAGCUGUCCGGCGUUGUCGCGGGUCUGCGCGGAAAUGCGGCCGGCGCAGGGGUUUGUGGAGCAACGGACGCGGACACCAGGCAGGUCGGUUUCUGCUAGGGUCCAGAUUCUCUAUUCGCAAAGGCUCCAUUUCUCAGAAUGA